UAAGUCGCCACGGCACGUCUAACACCUGGCCGUCUGGGGCGAGCUGCGGAAGAAGAACUUGCUUCCUCAGAGCCACGGAAGGGUCCUAUGUUGACUAGUGAAGCCAGCUUCUUGUCAGCACCUCUGAGUAGGCAGUGAUUUUCCCCCCCUGAGCUGGAGGACCACUUAAUCUGGGCUCUGUAGAAGGUCGAGAACUGGAAGGUGCUGUGCAGUUGACGUGUGGCCCAGAGCCGACUUCCAUGGUUCCUCAGGCCGACUGAGCCCUUGCUGGGCAGUGCGAGGGCCUCUCUGGCUGCCCAGCUUGGUUUUCCCUCCUGGCUUUCAUGGAUCGGAGGCUGUCCUUGCUGCUUUUCUGGUGGGCGAUGACAGUGCCCCUGGCCGUUCUGGUCAGUGAGGGACUCAGCCAGCACAUCUACACCAAUACCUGGGCUGUCCUGGUGCCCGCCGGCCUGCAGGAAGCCGAACGGAUGGCCAGGAAGCAUGGCUUCCUCAACUUGGGACCGAUCAUCGGGGACUAUUACCACUUCUACCACCGGGCUGUGGCCAAGCGGUCCCUCUCGCCACACUGGUCCUGGCACAGCUCCUUGUCCAGAGAGCCGCAGGUGGUCUGGCUGGAGCAGCAAGUGGCCAAGCGCCGGACCAAGCGGGAUGCCUUCAUAGAGCCAACAGAUCCGAAGUUCCCCCAGCAGUGGUACCUGUCCAACAGCAACCAGAGAGACCUGAAUGUGCAGGAGGCCUGGCAGCAGGGCUACACUGGACGUGGGGUGGUGGUCUCUAUCUUGGACGAUGGCAUUGAGAAGAACCACCCAGAUUUGGAGGCCAAUUAUGACCCCGCAGCCAGCUUUGACGUGAAUGACCAAGACCCGGACCCUCAGCCUCGCUACACGCAAACAAAUGACAACAGGCAUGGCACUCGGUGUGCGGGCGAAGUGGCUGCGGUGGCCAACAAUGGCAUCUGUGGUGUGGGCGUGGCCUACAAUGCCAAGAUUGGAGGUGUCCGCAUGCUGGAUGGGGAGGUGACGGAUGCCGUGGAAGCUCGCUCCCUGGGCCUGAACCCCGACCACAUCCACAUCUACAGUGCCAGCUGGGGCCCGGAGGACGACGGCAAGACCGUGGAUGGCCCCGCCCACCUGGCUGAAGAGGCCUUCCACCGGGGCGUGAGUCAGGGCCGCAACGGACUAGGCUCCAUCUUUGUCUGGGCCUCGGGGAAUGGCGGUCGCGAUCGUGACAGUUGCAACUGCGAUGGCUACACCAACAGCAUCUACACCCUCUCCAUCAGCAGCACCACCCAGUAUGGCAAUGUGCCCUGGUACAGUGAGGCCUGCUCCUCCACCCUGGCCACCACCUAUAGCAGCGGCAGCCAGAACGAGAAGCAGAUUGUGACAACUGACCUGUGGCAGAAAUGUACCGAGUCACAUACUGGCACGUCCGCCUCAGCACCCCUGGCUGCUGGGAUCAUUGCCCUCGCUCUGGAAGCCAACAAGAACCUGACCUGGCGAGACAUGCAGCAUCUGGUUGUGCGGACAUCCAAACCUGGCCACCUCAACACGAAUGACUGGGCCACCAAUGGGGUGGGACGCAAAGUCAGCCAUUCCUACGGCUACGGACUGCUGGAUGCAGGUGCCAUGGUGGCCCUGGCCAAGAACUGGACCUCGGUGGGGCCUCAGCGGAAGUGCAUCAUCGACAUCCUCCCAGAGCCAAAGGAUAUUGGCAAGUGUCUGGAGGUGCGGCAGAAGGUGGAGGCCUGCUGGGGAAAGACUAACUCCGUGGCUAGACUGGAGCAUGUCCAAGCCAGGCUGACCCUCUCCUACAACCGCCGCGGAGACUUGGCUAUUCACUUGGUCAGCCCAAUGGGCACUCGUUCCACCCUCCUGGCUGCUAGGCCUCGGGACUAUUCGGCUGAUGGCUUUAAUGACUGGGCCUUCAUGACGACGCAUUCAUGGGACGAAGACCCGGCUGGUGAAUGGGUGCUGGAAAUUGAAAACACAAGUGAAGCAAACAAUUACGGCACCCUCACCAAGUUCGUUCUGGUUCUGUAUGGGACAGGCCCCGACCUGCCUGACUUCUCCAAUCAGUUUGAGAGCAGUGGCUGCAAAACCCUGGUCACCAACCAGGCCUGCGUGGUGUGUGAAGAAGGCUUCUACCUCCACCAGAAGACCUGUCUCAAGACUUGUCCGCCUGGCUUUGCUCCGGCCCUGGGACCGCCCCCUCUGGAGAACAGCCUCGACCCCCACCUGCUGCAGCCCCGACUCUGUGUGCCCUGCCAUCCGUCCUGUGCCACCUGCCUGGGCCCCUCGGCCACCCAAUGCUUGUCCUGCCCGGCUCAUGCCCACUACAACAGCCAGGAGCACAUCUGCUCCCAUCAGACGCAGAGCAGCAGGGCCUCCCCUGCUGUGGGGGGAGAGGGCGUGGCUCCUGCCAGUCCCCCUUCCAACUUGCCACUCCUGGUGGCAGGCCUGAGCUGUGCCUUCAUCGUUCUCGUGUUUGUCACCAUCUUCCUGGUGCUGCAGCUGCGGUCAGGGCCGUGCCUGCGUGGCUACAAGGUCUACUCGCUGGAGAGUGGAAACCUCAUUGCCUACAAAGGGCUGCCAUCCAUUCUGUGGCAGGAGGGGCUGGAGGAGGAGGAGGAGGAGGAGGAGGAGGCGGCCGAGGGCGAGAGGACUGCCUUCAUCAGAGACCAAAGACUUUGAUGAGUCUGCAGCCCCAGGUGAAGCAGGCCGGACCCACCCCCGGGGCUCCUGCUCUCUUCUGGGGCUGAGCCCCUGUGUCUUAUGGGCCUGCUGCUGCUGCUGCUGCUGGAGUCAUUCUCUUCUGGUUUUAAUUCACCAAAGUUUUUUUAAAAACUAAACCAGUCUGUGUCCUAUUAUGGUGGAAAGGAAGCGGGGCGAGGGGGGGGCAUAUCUCCCUAGAUGGGCGAGGGCUGAGGCAACAGGAGGGCUUCCAGCUCCCUCCUGCCUUGGCCACCAGACAUCGCCUCCCCUCCUCUCUUCCCACAUGGCCAGGAGGGCCCCCUUUCUGCCCGACUGGGCGGGGCAGUCAGGAAGAGGAUCCAUGAGGACGCCGCCUUGCUUAGUGCAGAUGGGCUGCCCAGCCCCCUCACCCCCCCCCCACCCCCGCGAGCAGGUUCUCUGGACCUUGGAGGGGCGGCCAGCCGGCUGGCUCGCUCACCAGCGCCCCCUGGCGGCUGCUCCCUGGAUCUGCUGAGCGUUGCUGGAGCUUCCACCUUUCCUACGUGCCUUGUUGCCCCCCCCCCCUCGGAUGACAAUCUCUGGCUGCGGUCCUCUGGAGCUGCCUGGUGGAGGUUGUUUGGUUGGGGCUGCCCAGGACACUUUUUCUAUAACUUUUUUGGUGCACAAAUGAUUUAUUGUAAUUUGAAGAAGGAGCCAAUUCCUGGGGCCAGUUUUUUUAAUUUAAUGGAUGUGGAUAUAACUCUAGAGAGAUUAAAGUUUAUUAAAUGUUGGAACUAUGCAAACCUGGUUUCUCCUGCUGUAUUCUCUCGCCAGAAGCCUCAGACAACCACAAAGCAUUAAUCAAGAACUAUGAUACACCCCCUGCUUACUUCAAGCCUAGGAAUACCUGACUCUUCCAUCCAGCCACUCUGUUCUUUUCUCUCCUGGCAAAACUGAGGAAGGCCCACCAGGCCUCCUGGGGGACAGGCAGACUUUCACCAGGCUUUAUUUUGCUGGGUCUUCAAAUUCCAAAUAAAAUUCCAAAUAAAAGCAGAUAAAAUUCAA